AAGAAUUAUGAAAGAACCGAUUUUCAAUAGAAAAUCAAUGGAUUCGCCCAUCGAAUGCGCUGUCGUUCUCCUGAAGUUUUCGUACGUGAAUCGUCUCUUGAGGAAUCACCGGGUCUUUUAUGACUGGUCCUUGAGGCUGAAGGGCUUGGGGCGUGCCAACUUCCAGCUCUUAUGUGAAGUUGAGGAGAUAAUAGCGUAUUUAUCUGAAGAUAAUACCUGACUUGCAAAUAGAUUCAACAUUGAUUUCCUGAAUUUACCUCUGGACUUCCUGAAACCUGAAGAACAAUUAAACAUUUCAUUAAUUAAAAACAUAACUGAAUCACUCCAAACUGGAAAUUUCCCCUCAAAAUUCAGCUAUUGCCUAAAGUUUUAAAACAAUUUUAUUAUCGUGUAAAGCUGAAUAAUAAAAUGUUCAAAUGAAUCAGCUGUUCUGGGAAUAAAAAUGAUUAUUUAAUUUAUGUAAUAAUAAUCCCGUAAAAGUUUAGUCUUCAAUUCUCAAAUUUUGUAAUUUAUUCCACUCGUUCCAUUAUUUAAAAAGUCUGUCAAAUAUUUUCCGGAGACACUGAAAAAUGAUUUUUUUCUCUCCUGUUUCCCCUCGACUUUUUACCCUUCGUUUCCAUCCCCUCAAUUUAAAUUUAAAAGGAACUAAAAUUCUCGAAUAUUUCCCUCUUCGUAUAAACUCCUCGGCCCCCCUUCGUCCCUCGAGAUUUCACUGACUUUUCCCCUAGCCACAUUAAGCCAACUCCACCCCCGACAAAUAUCCCACCUGAAUCGCGUGUCGCUGGUCAGACAUAAGAGUAACCGCAGUAGUGCGGGGGUGACACUCGCCCAGAGCUGGCGCUUUUCACGAGGCGCAAAAGCUCAAAAAAAAAAAAUUGUGUUCGAUUAUAAAUCCGCGGACAAUUUUCCCCCCAAAAUUCGCGGAGAAUUUUCCCCCCAAAAUUCCGCGAAAGCCGUACACAUUCCCGUCUCCUAAUCCCCUUUACUACAAAAUUACGAUUAACAAUCGGAGUGUUCAAUUCAAAUCGUCGAGCGCAGCCUUGUCAAGUCUCGUCACGGUCGUGAAUUAUUGACGAUUCCCAUCGACCGUGUCAGUGGUAAAAUCGAAUUUGCCCAUCAUCGAUACCAACUCACCCCCUUCCUUCGACCCUUCGCCACCCCAAUAGUGACCUUGGCCCGUAAUCGUAACCUCGACGCACCGUCGUACAAGUAAACUCCACCUGGAUAUUUUUUAUUUAAAUAUCCAAAAAUAAAUCCGGAAGUUGUUGAACGAAAAAAUUAUUGAAAUAAUCGUGAGCCCACUCAACAGUGGUUACAAAGAUAUGAAUCUCGUGACGAAGGCAAUUCACGAUCACAAGAUCAAUCGCGAAACACGGACAGGCAUCUGUGGCUCAUACGUAUCUAGUGGUGUCACUAGUGGAACAGGUGCUGUUACGGGUCAGGGUGCAGCGCGUUUAGGUUUACGUCCAAGUCUUCCUGGGGUUGGUGGCCGUGGGCCCAUAAGACGUAGCCGUGAAUUUGGUUAUUAUCCGAUGGAAGAGCAUCCGACUCAUGCAUACCGCACUCAUCUCUUCCUAUCACCACCUGCAGGUGUUGCUGUUGAGGAGAAUAAUGAGAGGAUUGGGCCAGUGCCAAGGAGAAAUUCUGGGCCUCAUGUCAUCAAGUGGGGUGGUACCAAUGCCAAUGCUGCUAAUUUGGCUAAUAACAAUGUUAAACGGAAGAAUGGAAGUACACAGAAGGAUCCAUCCGAGCCAGCAACACCAACUACUACUUCCAGACAGGUGUCAUUUAGUGGGAACAGAACAGCAGGAAUCUAUACACCACUGGUUGUAUCCGGUAGCAGUCCACCCCGGGGUGAGCCAAUAUCCCUCGCGACCCUGGAUCGCGAUUGUUUCAUCAUUCCCCUUGCCUCCCUCGAGCGUUUUCUUCCAGCUGGUGUGCCGCAUGCACCGAUUGCGGAUAAAAAACGCGCAGGCAGUCCUCUCUCCGUCCUAGAGGUGGAGGACCCGAAGCAAUGUGUAUUGGCCCACUUUAUGACACCACUGGAGCCUCUGGACCCAAUCGUUGAAUCACCACUGGCUCGACCGUUGGUUCUCCAGAGGGACGCAGCUGCCGAAUUGAUCGCCGAAAUCGCACCCUCGGCUUCGCAGAGUAUAUUGUUGACCAAUAUGGAGAGGAACGCGGAAUUUCCAUUCAUAACUUAUUACUUGAUAAACAAGCACAGCACGGAUCCAGCGGACUUCUAUCAAGAGGUCCAGUGUGCAGCCCUCAGGAAGUUUGAUCCACGUGACUUGCGCUAUGCAGCCAGUCACACACUAGACCUCUUCAACGAGGUGGCGACGAUAGCACGGCCACCCCUCGAGCCACCGGGUGGUAGACCACCAAUUCCGUCCACCGGUUACAUCGUAUCAAUUUUCAAAGUCUUCGAGGGGGACGAUGGCCUCAAGUUCGAGCAGAAUUGGCUGUAUUGGACAGGGGCUCGAAUGAUCUAUCGUUACCUCCCCAAAUCCGUUGGCCUGAAACGCAUAACUCUGCACAAAUCGAUGUCCCAAGGGGAUAAAAUGUAUCUUCUGAUUUGCGAGUGUUCGCAGCUGCAGGAUAAUCUAUCCGCAGCGGCGAUUCUCUUACCAGCACUACGUGCACGACUCUGCGGCUACACCGGGCUCUAUCGACCAUCAGUAUGCUUUUGACUUAUCGACAAACCAUUCGAUUAAUUCCGGGGAAUAUCGUGGAUCAGGGGAUUGUUUGAUUAAUCAAUUGAUUGAAUGACUUGAGGAGAUGAUGAGACAAAAAUAUUUUUAAAAUCUCUUUCGCUACAUAGCGCUGUUUUAUAUUUGUACUCAAGAUGAUCAAAUUGUGCAAUGAAAACGUCACGUUUUAACGUACAUUUUUAAUAAAUGCGAUUUAAUAGGAGUAACAUAUCAUGUGUUUGAUGAGCUGUGAUACAAUCGAAAAUUCAUGGAUAUCACGCGGAGGAUAAAAUAUUAUUUAAGGACAUGAUUUUGUUUUUUCUCAGAAAUCAUCGAUUAGAAUAAAUAAUUUGCCGUUGAACGAUCGAAUGUAGAUAUUGCGCACAUAGAGUGAUUUUUCUGCCCGUUUGAAUGCUUUUGAGAAGGGAUGAGCGCUAUUUCGUAGAUUUGAUGCCGAAAAGUGAAAUUUUAAUACUUUCGUGGUCAGUGAUGGGCAAAUUGAGAUUUACUGAAUCCUAAGGACUAAAUGAUAUUUAUCCAUUUGAGGAAAAUUCAAUUUUUCCAUGUUCCAGAAAAAUUCGCUUUUUUUACAUAAAUCUAAUUAAAUGUUUUGAUGAUUAUCAUUACGUAGUUAUUAUUAUUUUGGGUAUUUCGAACCAUGUGAUCAGCCAUUGGAUGCAGCCACACGGAGAGAAAUGGUCAGGAAAAUUCCGUGAGUCAUAGUUGAUUCAGUAAUUGCAAAUUCACAUCGGAAAAUUAUCAAUUAAAAAUUUAUUAAUCUACUUAGUAGUGUCCAUCACUGUUCACGGUUAUCUAGGAGAAUUUUAUCAGUGAUUUAUAGGGUAUACGAUAGGUAAGAUUUCUAAAGUCAGCGGUAUAAAUUAAAUUUAUCGACGAGUUAUACUAGAGUAAUUUGACAUUUUUAGUACAAAAGGAAGAGAAAGAUGAUUUUGAAUAAUUAAGAUUUAAUUAAGCUUGUUGCAUAAGACAAUAGAUUAUUGCGCCGGCGCAAUAUCUUCUCUCAACUAACAAAAACGAAAAUUGUAGAUACAAAAAUUUUUAUCGUACAGUAACGAGCGAAUAGGAAGAAGAAAGCUGAACAGACAAGCGAUGAAAUUAUGGCAUUACAUCGUAUACAUUGACCAUUGAACAAGAGUCCUGAAAGAAAUAUAUUAUCUCAAGAGCCUUGAAAAAUUUUCUGUGAUUCAAAAGUGGGUAUCAACGAUUUGAUAUUCACAAUAUUAUUAUAUAAUAAAUGAUUAAAAUAAAAUAAUCAACAGACAAACUGUGAUUGUAUGUUCGUAACAUAUACAUUUGUGAAACACAUCCAUUGUCAUUGGUAAAUUAAUUUUCAGUUUAUUUUGUCAAUUGAAGGAUGUUCGGAAAUGAAGAUGAAGAUGUGGUACAUCGAUAAAUAUCAAAAUUUAUUCCUCAAAUUCUAUGGCUUUUAUGGAGAAUUCAAUGAGUGUAAUGUAAAUAAAGAACAUGACGCAAUAAAAUUCACAUUUUACCAUG